AUGUCGCUCCUUCCCGCGCUGUGUUAUCAGUCACACUCACAUCCCCUUCGUUCCCAUCCAUCGCCCGUGUGUCCCGCUGUGCCCCGCCGUGCCUUGCCUGCCGCGUCUCUGCGAAGCUCCAACCCAUUGAUUGCUCCAGAUCGCUCCUCUCCGCUUCUUCAAUGCACGUCUUCCCUCGCUGCCCUUCGCCUGACUCCACCUCCUACCUUCCCUGCUCUCUGUCCCGCUCCCCGCUCCACUCGCCCCCACCUCGUCUCAAUCUCCUCUCCAACCGUUUUUCCGCCCCCGUCCCCGACUCAUCCCACCCUGCGUCACACUGCUGUCUCCGCAUUUUUGCUGCCGCUGCCCUACCCAUCAGGCCCUGCACCUUCCACUCUCCUGACUCUCCCAAUCCCUCCCCUCUCCGCCUCUCUCCCCUCUCUCCCCCCUCUCCCACUCUCUCCCCACUCUCCCACUCCCUCCCCUCUCUCCUUGCUCUCCCCUCUCUCCGUUCUCUCCCAUCUCCCCUCUCUCCCGUUUUUCCCUCCUCUCCCCUCUCCUCCUUCUCUCCCCUCCCUCCCGCAUCCAACCCCUGUCCCCGCCCUUCAGCCACCCAGUGCCACGGAAUUCUGA